UGCAACUGGGGGGCGUUGCCGUGCGCGACAGAGAGGGGCAGCUGGCAGCCGCGUCGGUGGACCCAAGUUUGUUGUGCUGAACUCAAAGUGGGCUUAGUCGCGGGAAAAGCUUGGACACUGAUGUUGACUUGCCGCUGCUUUUGAUUGCGCGACCUUUUCCACACACACCGAGAAACGCCCCAGUUGCCGACACACCUUCACUUUGAUAGACCUUGGUUUGAAGACUGCUGCCGGGCAAUCUUUGAGCCAUUGAAGGUCUGUGGUGUUUCCUCAUCCAUCCCUCCAGCUCCAGGGCUUCUCUCAAGUCCUCAACUCCCAACGCGUCGCCAUUUUCCGGCUCCAUCAGUCGACGCGUCCAUUUUUGGUGUGCACGCACGUCCACACUCCAGCCCGCGUUGGACGGUCGUUGCUGCCAGCACCCAGCCCCUCCACAUCCGACUCGCACUCUCGCACAAGACCGCGACCACGACCGCCCUUUUCCUUCCCAUACCUCACUCAACAUCAGACAGACUGCCCCUUAGCAUGUUGAGUGGGCUUUCGUAUGGCCGCAGUAUCUCUAUCGCCCGCCCCCUUCCACCAGCUCUCUGCCAUGUCGACCGCCAGGAGAGUUCCUCUUUCGAAUAAUCCCAAUGUCGCCAAUUCGCCUAUGCGUACCUCGGCCGCCCUCAAUGGUGCCAAAAAGGUUCGCUCCCAUGCUGAGCUCCUUAGGGAGGAGCCUUAUGGCCAACCUCCACCAGCAAAGCGCCAGAUGAUCGAGCGCGGUGUCGCAUCCCCUAGCCGAACGAAACCAUCCCGAACUAUCGUGCACAGAGGAACCACCACCCGCGCUGCUGUCACCACCUCGCAAAAGACUUCACAGGGAGCCGUUGAAAAGGCUUCUCAAUUGGAGCUCGCCGAGUGGAGGGCCACCUACAGCGCUCGCUUCCCGACCUGGGUCUUUUACUUUGAGAGUGUUCCUGAUGAGCAGCGGUCCAGAUUGGCCAAGCGGGUCACUAACCUUGGUGCUCGCGAGGAAAAGUUCUUCUCGAUCGAUGUGACUCACGUUAUCACCACCCGGCCGAUCCCCCGUGCCGAAAAAAACUCGGCCCACGAUCAGGAAAAUGCCGCCGAAUCCCAUGGCUCCGAGCAGCCAAAGACGAUAGACCCAUCGCUGUUAAAUCGUGUUGCGGAGGCCCCUCCUGUGAGGAGGAAGCUUGUGUUUGAUACGAGUCGGAGGAUGCCAGUCCCGGGGCAGGAUGCCAAACCACAAAAGUCACGCAGCACAGACAUUUUACUCCGCGCUCAGGACAUGAAAAUGAAGUUAUGGUCGGUCGACAAGCUCACGAGAUUUCUUGAAGCAUUGGAGGCGGAGCCGCACAAGAGCACCAACCAUGGCCGCACAGGGACCGGCAAGACGACGGAUCGAUCUAACCUUCGUCAACUUCUUCAGCAGGAGCGGGUACAUGGCCCGUCAGAUCGUGAUCCGACGGUUGCUACCAAGGAGAUGCAUCACUUCAAGGGCCCGUAUAUCUACAUUUACGAUAUGGAAGAGAAGACGAAACCGGUCAUGGCCCGCGAAUAUGCCAAGGUUGCCGAUAAGAAGGAUGGAGAGUGGCCGCAGUUCCGUGUAGCUUCUGCUGGCCGGUGCCCAUUUGUGCAGGAUUAUGAGGUCCCAGAAAAGGAGAAUCGCGAAAAGACGAAAGCAAAGGAGCGCGCCGCCAAGGCAGCUGCCGCCGAAAAUGCUGCCAAACUUCAGCCUCCAGAAGUGCCAGCACCCAAGCCCGCUACAGGAAAGCGGACUCUCGCCGUGAUGGAAGACGGGCAAAACAGAGGCACCCCGCCAGUCGCCGCGGCUGAUGCGUUGGAUCGAUCUAGGGUUUCCAACCCUCCCCAGAUGGAGUUCCGUACCCAGAACGCCUUUAUGAGCCAUGCAAAAGCAGGCCGUCUCCUUGCUGGCGAGCCCGUUGCGUCUGGUCUCCAGCAAUCCGCCGUAACAUCGGCCAUCCGCUCCCAGAUGAUCUCCUCCACUAGUGGUGUGCUAGGUGCCAAGGCGGGCACUAGUAAGGAGAUACACGGGUUGCAACGUAAGGUGCUGGCGAAGGCCGGUCCCCCUGCUGUGUCCCAGGACUUGAGCUCGCGCCGCAUGGCUGAGAUGAGCCACGAUAGCACCACGUUUGUCCGGUCUGCGAGUGCUAGCAGAGCUACACACCGCAAGCUCGAAACUGUCGAUGAAGAGGAGGCGGCGAAACAGAGAGAGAAGCUGCGUAGAACCGUCAGUUUGCCCGUUGCACAAAGACAGAAGCGUGAUCCCAAGCCAGGGUAUUGCGAGAACUGCAUGGAUAAGUUUGAUGAUUUUGACGAGCAUAUUCUUACCCGCAAGCAUCGCAAGUUUGCAGAAAAUGACGACAACUGGGUUCAGCUCGAUGCCCUCCUCGCACUUCUCAAACGCCGUCCCCGUCACAGACACGAAGUUGACAACGACGAGUGGUAAUUUGGUUCACACUCCCAUUUCGUUCCGCGCUCCUCCGCGUGAUACCCAUUUCUGUCUCGAUCCUCUUCUUCGCAUAUGGCACAUCUUGGGCCUUUCUUUAUGGGUUUUGGGUUGGGUUUCUCUUAUCUCCUUUCUUUCGACGGGCUUGUGAUCGACGACUCUAGCAUUUGCAUGGGGCGCGCUGUCUGUCUCAUCCGCAAGAGACACCAUUGGUAGGAGGCAACAAUAACGUUACGAGCAUAUCUUUCAAGAGGGGAUGGGGGGGGUAUAGCAAGCCAGGGUGGGAAGGAGUGAGCGGGUGUUAUGUGGAAUUUUUUUGGCUUGUGAUGUUUGACUUAUCUGUAGUUGGUGUUUGGGUUGGUUGGCUGUCCCCCCUUUUUUUCGUUUUUUGUUAUCCAACUGGUCAAUUUGGUUUGAUCGGUUCGCGCGGUUCGUGUCCAGCAGUUGACGGGACAGAAAAGGGGACAAUCAUUAUCACGGGAAGGGGAGAGGGGCGCAUUAGACCAGAUGACGGGAUUACUAUGGCAGGCCUUUUGCUCUGCCCAUUGGGCUUGGCUUGCCGGUUGUUGGAUGUAUUGGGAAUGAGCUUGCCCAUUGUUGUUGAGCGGACAAAACAAAAAGGCAGAGGGAUAGGACGAUGACGGAAUAGUACGGAAGCCAGAUGAUGCUGUCGAUUGAUGAUGGGUUGACAGCGAGGAGACGAGAAAAACUUUUGGGGGCUGCGGUGGUUGCGCGGCUUGGAAAAAGGAGGUCUCGUCGAAGAUGGGUUCCGCAACUUACUAUCUAUAUAUUAUGCUUUGGGCAUGUGUAUAACUGUAUGCUAGGAUUAUGACAAGGAAUUAAAGGGAUUACUGUA